GUCUGAGUGGAGAGCGUUUCCUUCUCCUCUUGUCUUUCAUUUCAGCACCAGGAGACGGAUUGGAUUUUCUUCAGAAAGUUCCCGUUCAUGCCAGUUCAGCUCUUGUGGAAGCCUUACACUAGAUUCCACAGAAAUCUGUCUCUAUACUACUCCUACUAUGGAUUUCUGCUUUGUUAUCUCCACCACUUGGGAUAACCACCAAAAUUCUGAGUUUUAGAACUUCUGAGUUUGACUUAAAAUGAAUUCACUUUCUUUGUAACAUUUUGGUUUCUUUCAAGACACUUGAUUUGGGAAGGAAUCACUUGAGAAAAAUAAAACUUCGGGCAAUCCAAGGGACAGCGCAACUCUCUGCUGUUAUUUUCCUGCCUCAGCGACAGCCAAAACGGUGGCUGGCCUGGCCAUGUACCGCAACCCUCUAGUCUACUGUACCUGCUGGGACCCCUGGGGCCUGGGGCCGAGACAGCUCAUCGAGACGCCCCAGCCGCCACGUAAGGCCUCCUGGCGCAGGUCCAAAGAGAGCAUCUAUCCUGGGAGGCAGGAGGAGAGACCAAAGUCACCUCAGGAGGUGAUCGAUGUGUCUCCUGGCUACCAGCUGGUUCGGAGUCGAGAGCAGAUCUCUGUCACCUUGGGGGAUGAGAUGUUCAGUAGGAAAAAGCAGCUGGAACCUGAGGGUGCAGAUGGAGUCAGUGUUCCCAGGGCCAGUGUCAUUCGUGACCUUGAAGAGCAGAUAUCAGAACUGACCACAAUAAUAGAACAAAUGAACAGAGACCACCAUGCUGCCCGGAAGUUGCUCUGUAAUGAAAUGGAACAGCGCCGUGAUGUGAUGAAGCGGAACUUUGAAGACAAGGCCAGGGAGCUUAGAAUGGCUCACAAGGCGGAGCUCAGCGAGUUAGAGAACUACUACAGAGAUGCACUGAAGGCCGAGAAAUCAGCAGCCCAAGGGAAGCUAGAGGAGAUGCAGAAGGAAUAUAAGUAUUUGAAGAACAUGUUUCAUAUGUAUCAGGACACCGUUCACGAUGAAAUGGAAGACAAGUGGUCCAAGCGGAAGGCAGAGUGGGAGGAGGGUGAAAAGAUAGAGCGAGAGAAGAUCCUGCUUCAGCAAAAAUACAAGAUGACAAGGCAGUUUGAAUUAGAGUCAGAAGAAGAAAAGAGGAGAAUGAGUGAAUCCUACAGUGCUACCUUUGAGAGCUUUGUGCGCGAGAAGGAGGAACUCUUGAAACAACAUGAAAAGGACACCGUGCAAUUACGAGAGAUGAGGAAAACCAAAGAGAUCAUAGAGGAAGAGUUGCAUGCACAAGCUCUCAUUCUGGAGUCACUCAACACAAACCUCCACCACACCCAGAUGGAACUCCAGAAAGAGAAAGCUGCAGCAGGAAACCUAGAGAAAAUACUGCAGAACAAGCUUGCUGAAGUUGAAGAGAAGUACAAGAGCACCAUACAGAAUCUCACAGAAGAAAACAACCGCCUAAGGCAAAAGGUAACUGCCCAGAAUGAAGAGAUUUAUGAAAGACAGCCUGAGAAGUUCACCUCCAUUACGCUUUGUGAGUGUGACUUGGGCCUGUUAGAAGACAGCAGCAAGCAAAGAGAAUCAUAAACAAAAGUUUGUUCUCCACACCUCAGAGGGUGGGGAGCCAGCCCUGCAGGCCGGCAACAACCUGGGACACUUUCUGGAGAAAAGCUCACAAUUAUGGAGUUCUUGGGUGGCUCAGUUUUUGUCAUAGUUGGCUUUCUUCCAAGAAGUUGUGAAUAUUAGAAUACUCAGUUGCAUGCCUUCUGUUGACUCUUGGGGAACAGAUGUUCUCUGUGCUAGAAGCUCUCUUGUGUGGGUACUAUUUUUCUUCCAGUUUCGCAUAUUUGAUGAAAAAGGAACUAUAGUCAUUUGAAAGGCUUCUUCCUCCUUAAGGCUGACCUUGUCUCAGGUUAUAAAUUUUGUCCUCCUGGGCAUUUAGCUAACAAGACAGAUAAUAGGUUAAUUUUAUCCUGGAGCUCUUCCUGCACACCUGUGCUGUCCUUAGAUGCUGCCCUGUAAGCCAUCGUCAGAACCCCAGAGCCCACAGCGAGGGAAAACAGUCACCUGACCCAAUGUGCUGGGGCCACCAAGGCAGCCUGGAGGGGGGG